AUGUGGCUACGAGUUCUGUUCUAUCUAUUAGUAUUUGCCGGCAGUGCCACGAAUGCAUCGAAUAUCCCUUGCGGAAAAGCAUUUGUUCCAUGCGAAAACGACAUCCUCAAACAACAUGAAUUGCUCAACGAAGAUGCUGAGCCUUUUGUAUCCCAUCGUAUACCUGAUGGUCUUCUUUUCGUUGCUGCAAAAGAAGCCAGUUAUGAAAUCGAAAAAGCGUUCGAUUUCCGCGAUUCGGCCUUCCAAUACUCGGGGCAUCCAUUGUCAACGAGCACUUCGCAGUACACACGCAUUCACAAAGCCGACAAGAAGGCGUCGGAUCGGAGUCGAUCAGCCUUCACCUCAUUGGCAAUGACUAAAAGAUUGACUGCAUUAGGUCUUCGUGAACGCGAAUUGCGAUAUGGCAUUUUACCACACAAGAUUUCCUCCUUGAUUUCCACGUGCCCGAUUCCGACGAUCGAUCAUUGUUUCGCCACGAAUUACCGAUCUUUCUCUGGAAUCUGCAAUAAUGUGGCUCAUCCUGAAUGGGGAGCAUCGCACACUCCAUUAUCGCGGAUCGUUCGCCCGGACUAUGCGGACGGAAUCUCUGAUCCACGGGCUGCUCGCGCCACCAACAAGCCGCUGCCGUCGGUUCGCGGACUAUCGCUAACCCUAUUUUCACCUCGCGGACAGGAGCACACACAAGUGAGCACAAUGUUGGCUCAUUGGAUGCAGAUUAUUGGUUCCGAUAUGGUGAAUGUGAUACCAUUCCAAGCUGUCAAUGAAGGCUUCUCAUCGGCCCUUCCGUGUUGCAAGCGGGGUUUCAAUCACACCGAAUGCGAUCCAAUCGAAAUUCCUGCGGCUGAUCUAACUUUUCGAUCUCGACUCAGUUGUAUUCCACAUGCUCGUUCGAUAAUUGCGCCUCGCGAAUCUUGCAAACUAGGCCCACGCGAGCAAGGAAACUUUGCUUCCGCAUAUCUCGACGCAUCUUUUAUCUAUGGAUCGAGCCUUGAAAAAACGAAACAAUUACGAACUUUCCGAAAUGGACAACUGAGAACUGCGGGAAGUGUAGGAGAAUUGCCGGCUAUCGAUAGCACAUUGCAAUGCCAAGCGGCUCAUUCUAGAUGCGCCUUAUCAGGAACGGAUCAAGUCAAUAUUCUUCCCGGAAUCGCUGCACUUCAUACCGUCUUCAUUCGCCAUCACAACCGAUUGACUGAUAUUCUGCGAACGAUGAAUCGGCAUUGGACAGACGACAAAUUAUUCGAAGAAGCCCGAAAAAUCGUUUCAGCUCAGAUUCAGCACAUCACUUACAACGAGUUCCUGCCAAUUUUGAUUGGAAAUGAGAAUAUGAAAAACUACGGUCUGAGUUUGCGUUCGGCUGGAUUUGACUCGAACUAUGAAAUGAGCCUCGAAGCAACGGUUUUCAAUGAAUUCGCUGUCACCAUUCCAUACUACUUCUGGGCUUUGUUACCCGCGGAUCGCCUGUUCACCGACUUCAAUAACCCAGGAAGAAUUUACGAGCAGGGACCAGUUCCAACAAUCCGCCAUUUGUUGAGUUCGAGCAUUUUGAAGCCUUCUCUUCGUGUGAACGAUGAAAUCAAAAACGGGUUUUUGAAAGAUAACACAGAAAUUGGAUUGGAUCUCAUAUCGAUUGCAUUGAAACAAGGAAGAGAUCACGGAAUUCCCGGAUAUACAACAAUUCGGACAAGUUGUGGUUUGGGAAGAAUCUCAUCAUUCAGUGACCUUCACGAUAUUCUCCUUCCUGAAGUGAAAUUCGAGCAUCUUAGCGCGGUUUACCAAAGAGUUGAAGACAUUGACUUGCUCAUUGGUGUUCUCGCCGAGAAACCGCUCAAAGGAUCACUCGUCGGACCAACAAUUGCUUGCAUUAUCGGAAAACAAAUGCAAAGAGCGAAACGUGCCGAUCGUUUUUGGUAUGAAAACUAUUUCGCUGAAUCGGGAUUCACCGAGUCGCAAUUAAUGGAGAUUCGCAAUACGAAACUCGCCGAGAUCAUCUGCUCAAAUAUCGAUAUUCGUCGCAUUCAAAAGAAUGUUUUCUUCAAAGAGGAUAUUUUCGACAACAUGCCAAUUUCGUGCAAUUCGACGGUUCUUGCUGCGCCAGAUUUCAACGAAUGGCGCGAUUCAGAAGGCAAACCGGUGUUCCCAAUUAGGCAGGAGACUAUUGAAAAAGUGAUUCAUUUGGCCAAGAAGAAUUUAAAGGAUCAGGAAAAACGAGAAAUUUCAAAUAUAAAACACAACCAAGGACACUUCAAUCGCGGUGAUCCAUUAUUCGCCUAUUCGAACAUGAUGAGGGCUAAGAAAGGAGCCAAACAGGUUUCUCAAAUCUCAGCUCUACUACUUGAAACUACAAAAUUACUCAUCAAAGGAGAGGGACUAAAUGAAGACGAAAAGCUUCCGAAUCUCGAUGUUCCGACGCUUCAAAAAAUUUUGCCGGAUAUCGAUGUCGGUUCAUUUGUGAACAAUUACACUGCGUUCCUAUCGGAAGAUGGUCAAGCUUCGGUUGAAGAAUGCAUUCCAAAGAUGCUUCCCUGUGAUCACACCACUCGUUAUCGAACAUUCUCCGGCUGGUGUAACAAUCUCAAAUAUCCUGAAUAUGGCAACUCAUUCGCCCCUCUGAGACAUAUUCUCCCGCCGGUUUAUGACGACGGAUUUGAUGUUCCAAGAAUUCGUGCGAAAUCUGGAAACAAUCUGCCAAAUCCUCGAAGAAUUUCUAACCGAGUGUGUGAAGACAAAGAUGUUUCCCAUGUCAAGUUCACUCACAUGGUCAUGCAGUUCGGCCAGCUUCUCGAUCAUGAGCUUACUCAUUCACCGGUCGCCAGAGGACCAAACGAUGAGAUUUUGAAUUGCACACGAUGCGAUUCUCCUGAAAAGAUUUCCGUUCAUUGCAUGCCGAUUCGAGUCGAAUCUGAUGAUCCAUUCUUCCCAACGCACUAUCCAAAUGGCGAACCAAGAUGUCUCCCAUUUGCGAGGUCUCUUCUUGGCCAAUUGAAUCUUGGAUACCGUAAUCAACUGAAUCAACUCACUGCCUACGUCGACGGUUCGGCCAUCUAUGGAUCGACGAAAUGCGAAGCGAAGGCGUUGAGACUGUUCACGCGAGGCCUUUUAAACUUUACCGAUUUCGGACAUGGACAGAUGAUGCUUCCUCAAGGAAAUCAAGAGAAAGACUGCCGAUCAGCCAAGGAUCGUAUGCCUUGUUUCGUAGCGGGAGAUGAAAGAAACUCACAUCAGCCAGGACUAACUGUAAUGCACACAUUCUUCCUCCGCGAACAUAACCGAAUUGCUAUGCAUCUUUCGGCAUUGAAUCCACACUGGAAUGACGAUACUGUAUUUGAGGAAACUCGCCGAAUUCUUGUUGCUGAAAUGCAACACAUAACAUUUGCUGAAUUUUUGCCGAAAAUUGUUGGUCUCGAUCUGCUAAAUGAGCAGAAUCUUGUGCCGAAGAAAAAUGGAUAUUUCACAGGAUACGAUGACACAUGCGAUGCUUCUAUCUCGCAACCGUUCGCUACUGCAGCUUUCCGUUUCGGACAUACUCUGAUCCGUAGAAUGUUUCCAAGAAUGAAUUAUAAUUUCAAGAAUAUGAGUGAACCAGUUGAUUUGGCCAAUCAUUUUGGACAUGUUGGACCAUUAUACGAGAAAGACAAAGGCGGAUUAGAUGCAAUGCUUAUGGGACUUCUUGGUACUCCGUCGAUGGCAUUCGAUCGGCAUAUCACAGACGCUGUCAGAAACCAUCUCUUUAUGCGUCGAGGAGAAAAAACAAGUGGAAUGGAUUUAGUCGUCUUGAACAUUCUUCGUGCCCGUGAUCACGGAGUUCAGCCAUAUAAUGAUUUCCGUGAGUUUUGCGGAUUGGGAAGAGCAAAGAGAUUCGAAGAUUUGAAGAAAGAAAUGGACAACGAUAAUAUCAAUAUUCUUCAAUCAUUGUAUGAGUCCGUAGAUGAUAUCGAUUUAUUCCCAGGAUUAAUUAGUGAAAGAGCAUUGAAAGGAGCCUUGCUUGGACCGACAAUGUCGUGCAUUAUUGCUGAACAAUUCGGAAGACUCAAACGAUGCGAUCGCUUCUAUUACGAGAACGACAAUAGCGCUGCAAAAUUUACUCCCGCACAAUUAAAUGAGAUCCGAAAAAUUAAAUUGGCUUCGAUUUUCUGCUCGAACAGCAAAUAUUUGAAGACAAUUCAGCCCAACGUUUUCGAUGUGACCGAUGAUUUGACAAAUGCUCAAGUUUCGUGCGCUGAUAUUCCACAAGUCGAUCUCUCUUUGUGGAAGGAGAGAAAUAACUGCGAAUUGAAUGGGAGAACUGUUGCACUUGGCGACUCUGUACAUAUGACACCGUGUGUAACCUGCACGUGUACGAAAGAAGGAAUUGCUUGCAAUCCGACAAAAGUUGAUAGUUGCGAGAAACUGACGCACAAAUAUCUUCUAACUGACAUUUCAAAAGAUACAUCUUGCAUGAUUCAGUGCACCGACUACAUGAAGAGGGUAUAG